CUGCGUCUGCGCGCGACGAAGGCGAGCCCUGCGCGUGAGCGGCGCGGGCGCGGCCCAAUGGGAGAGCCGCGGCGGCGCGCGUGGCCGGGGGGCGGGGCGGCAGUUGAGAGCUGAGCGGCGAGUCCGGCAGUCAGGUCUGAGCUGUCGCAUCCCGGAGUCCAUCUCAUCUCCGCCACCCCGGCCCGAGCUCAUCCUCGCUUCCGAAGCCCUCGCGCGCCCGACAGCUCGGCCCUCGCCCGUGACCGACAUCAUGUGCGGUAUAUUUGCUUAUUUAAAUUACCAUGUUCCUCGAACAAGACGAGAAAUCUUGGAGACACUAAUCAAAGGCCUUCAGAGACUGGAGUACAGAGGAUAUGAUUCUGCUGGUGUGGGACUUGAUGGAGGCAAUGACAAAGACUGGGAAGCCAACGCCUGCAAAAUCCAGCUCAUUAAAAAGAAAGGAAAAGUUAAGGCACUGGAUGAAGAAGUUCACAAACAACAAGAUAUGGACUUGGAUAUAGAAUUUGAUGUGCAUCUUGGAAUAGCUCAUACCCGUUGGGCAACACAUGGAGAACCUAGUCCUGUCAAUAGUCACCCCCAGCGCUCUGAUAAAAAUAACGAAUUCAUUGUUAUUCAUAAUGGAAUCAUCACCAACUACAAAGACUUGAAAAAGUUUCUGGAAAGCAAAGGCUAUGACUUUGAAUCGGAAACAGACACAGAAACCAUUGCCAAGCUCGUCAAGUACAUGUAUGACAACUGGGAAAGUCAGGACGUCAGUUUUACUACUUUGGUGGAGAGAGUUAUCCAACAAUUGGAAGGCGCCUUUGCUCUUGUCUUUAAAAGUGUCCAUUUUCCAGGGCAAGCAGUUGGCACAAGGCGAGGUAGCCCUCUCUUGAUUGGUGUGCGGAGUGAACAUAAGCUUUCUACAGAUCACAUCCCGAUUCUGUAUAGAACAGGCAAAGACAAGAAAGGAAGCUGCGGUCUUUCCCGUGUGGAUAGCACCACAUGCCUUUUCCCUGUUGAGGAGAAGGCCGUUGAAUAUUACUUUGCUUCUGAUGCAAGUGCUGUGAUAGAGCACACCAAUCGUGUCAUCUUUCUGGAAGAUGAUGACGUUGCAGCAGUGGUGGAUGGCCGUCUCUCUAUCCACCGAAUUAAACGCACUGCAGGAGACCAUCCUGGCCGAGCUGUGCAAACUCUCCAGAUGGAACUCCAGCAGAUCAUGAAGGGCAACUUUAGUUCAUUUAUGCAGAAGGAAAUUUUUGAGCAGCCAGAAUCUGUUGUGAACACAAUGAGAGGAAGAGUCAAUUUUGAUGACUACACUGUGAAUUUGGGAGGUUUGAAAGAUCACAUUAAGGAGAUCCAGCGGUGUCGGCGGCUGAUUCUCAUUGCUUGUGGCACGAGUUACCACGCUGGUAUGGCAACCCGUCAGGUCCUGGAGGAGCUGACGGAGUUGCCGGUGAUGGUGGAGCUCGCCAGUGACUUCUUGGACAGAAACACUCCAGUCUUUCGGGACGAUGUUUGCUUCUUCAUUAGUCAGUCAGGCGAGACAGCUGACACCCUGAUGGGUCUUCGUUACUGUAAGGAGAGAGGAGCCUUAACUGUGGGGAUCACAAAUACAGUCGGCAGUUCUAUAUCAAGGGAGACAGAUUGUGGGGUUCAUAUUAAUGCUGGUCCUGAGAUUGGUGUGGCCAGUACAAAGGCUUACACCAGCCAGUUUGUGUCUCUUGUGAUGUUUGCCCUCAUGAUGUGUGACGACAGGAUUUCCAUGCAGGAGAGACGCAAAGAGAUCCUUCUCGGGCUGAAGCGGCUGCCAGACUUGAUUAAGGAAGUGCUGAGCAUGGAUGAUGAAAUCCAGAAGCUGGCGACGGAGCUUUACCACCAGAAGUCGGUCCUGAUAAUGGGACGGGGUUAUCACUAUGCUACAUGCCUUGAAGGAGCCCUGAAAAUCAAGGAAAUUACUUAUAUGCACUCUGAAGGCAUCCUUGCUGGUGAGCUAAAGCAUGGCCCUCUGGCCUUGGUGGACAAGUUGAUGCCUGUCAUCAUGAUCAUCAUGCGAGACCAUACUUACGCCAAGUGCCAGAAUGCUCUUCAGCAAGUAGUUGCACGGCAGGGGCGUCCAGUCGUGAUCUGUGAUAAAGAGGAUACUGAGACCAUUAAGAAUACAAAAAGGACAAUCAAGGUGCCCCACUCAGUGGACUGCUUGCAGGGCAUUCUCAGUGUGAUCCCCCUACAGCUGCUGGCUUUUCAUCUGGCUGUGCUGAGAGGCUAUGAUGUUGAUUUCCCACGGAAUCUUGCCAAAUCUGUAACAGUAGAGUAAAGACACCUGAAACUUAAGACAAGUUAAGCAACACAAGAUACCUUUUGUAUUUAAAUUUUUGAUUUAAAAUAUUGCCUCCUGAAAGCCUUUUUAGAAAAUCUUAUUUAUGUAUCAGUUAUAAUUAUCCCACUCAACUAAUGAUUUUUAUGUAAUUGCCUCAUUUUCAAUAAUACAUGGGGGAGUUUGAUUCAUAGAAUUUAAAUCUAAACCUAAAAUCAGAGAGAUCUUAGCUGUAGUUUGUUUAAAGAACUGAAUACUGGAUUUCUGGGUCCUCUACUUCAAUCAAGGAGGCUUGUUGAGUGUUUGAGGUGCUUGGUGUUUGCUUUAGCUUAACUUGACUCGGUCAGACUGAGGAGAGCCCAGUGCAGUUAGUGGGAAUUCUCAGAGUCAGUGUGUGCCAGCGCCUGGACAGCCACCGAAGGCUUUGCUACACUGUUUAUAAAUAGACGAGACUGCAGUUUAUUUUGAAGCUUGUUUCUGUUUUGUUUUUAAACUGUACACAAAAAAACCUUGGUGAGAUUUAAAUCUUAGUUUAGUUAAAUUAGUUUGAACAUGUCUGUCAUCUCUGUAGACAGUGCAUUUGGGUCCUCCACACCUGCAUAGAAGACCUUUCGGAGUUUCGCAAACUUGUACUGUCAGACAUGACAUGUAUGACGUGUGGCUGGACAUCUGAGCUAGGACACGGGGAUCUGCUCCUUAUUUCCUCAUCUCCUGAGAGUAGUUUGCAUUUUCUUGCAGCUGUAGAGCUUAACUGAAAAACAAAUACUGUUGAAUGACAUACUUCGUAGUUGCCUUUGACGUCAUGCCCAGGGUUGCUAACAAGCACCUCAGAUUGGUAUCGGCAUGCUCAGUUUUCUCUCCGGCUGUGUCCCGAGAAGAGUUUCCUGCAGUUACAUUUAACUCCUUCCCUGCCUUGCUGCAGGAAAGGUGCCAUUUGGAAGUUCAUUUUAAUUGCUUGGGAGAUUUGCACACUACGCUGCUCAUUUGACCCACAGUGUAUGUGGUGGCCUCAGCUUAGAACGGCACGUGCUUGGCACUGUGGAGUGACGUCACUUUCAGGGUUGCUUUCUCGGUGUUUUCCUUCGUACUGUCUGGACUCCUGUUCAGGAAUGAAUGCAGUAUAAAUAAGUGAUACUUCAGCUGAUAGUGUCAGAAAUGCAAGUCAGCAAUUUGGAUAAAAUAUUUAAAAUAGAACAUUAGUUUGACAAAAUGUGCAGAGUAAUUUCUUCACAGAGCUAUUUGGGUCAGAUCGUGUGGGCAGUGGGAAGGUACGUUUGUGUUUAGGUUAGGUUUGUCUUUGUCAAAAGCUUUCACCUGUACACUGUGAGAGCGCAGUACUUAGUGGAGUUGGCAGCUCACGAUUUGCGUUUGAACUUGAUGGUGAGCAGUUAAUGCUUGUGAAGGUGGGUUGAAGAAGGAGUUGAUGUCAUUUUAGGCAUUUUAGAAGGUUUCACUCACACUGAUAGAGACUGGAAACCUGACAGGGCCACGGUUCAUACUGCAUGUCGCUGCUUUGGUCAUGUUUCUCUGUUGUAUUUAAGACUUCAUGUUAGUGUAGCGUGUGUGUGAUGUUAUUCUUCUGUCUGCUGCAGCACAGCUGCUCAUGCUGGGCGUGGCUUUGGUCUGGUUGGUUGUAUUUCCUGUGUAGCUCUGGCGCACAGGAUGAUGCUGGCAUGUUGAGACACCGAAUUGGAAGACGAUCAGCUCAGUUACUAACCCAGAAUCCUGUUGGAACAGGUUUGAAUUAUGCAGUUCAGUCUUGCUAACCGUCCUCCGUGUAGCGGAAUGUCACAACUUUUUUGUCUUCUGUCUAUGACGUUGAGCCGCCCAUUCAGCAGUUCCCUUCCAUACACACUCCAAGCUAGAAUAAAUAGGAACCAAAUAGUCAGAAGACCAAAUGAGGGCCAGAGUAGCACUGUCUAAACAAACAUUCUUUUCCAUCUCCCAUUUUGCUUUCUACCUAAAUUCUUUUAUUAAUUCUUAAGACCCAGAUAUUUUAGCAAGGCAAAGCACUAGGUGAGUAGAUCCCACUAAUUAGGUAUAAUGCAGGACAUAGAAAUCUAAUUUUUCAAAACAAAAAUACCCCAUAAAAGGGAGGCUUUCUAUUAAAAAUUUCCCCCACCUCCGUUUAGUUUUUCAAGACAGGGUUUCUCUGUGCAGUCCUGGCUGUCCUGGAAUUCACUCUGUAGAUCAGGCUGGCCUUGAACUCAGAAAUCCGAAUGCCUUUGCCUCCAGAGUGCUGGCAUCAAAGGCAUGCACCACCAUCACCUGGCUAAAGUUCGUUCUUUUUCUUUUUCCUUUUCUUUUUCUUUCCUUUCCUUUCUUAAAAAUUAUUUUAUUUGUUUACAUUUCAAAUGUUCCUCUUCCUGGUUUCCCCUCCACAAACCUCCCACCCCAUCCCCUUCCUUUUGCCUCUAAGAGGGUGCUUCCCCACCCCCACCUCACCCCUCUAGCAUCUCCUUUCUCUAGGGCAGCAAGCCUCCACAGGACCAAGCACAUCUUAUAGUGUGUUUAAAGUUUAAGUUCACAUACAUCCUUACCUGGGAGUACUUGCUAGGCAGGGAGGACUGUGAGGCACCUAACACAUGGCCCAGUUGAUGGUUAUUACUUUGAAAUCAGCUUUAUAAGAGAAAAUCAAUUUAUGCCAUAAAAGUAGAAAGGUUAGAAGGUGAACUGCUCACUCUUAGCCUGUGACUGGCUCAGCAGCUGUGUGUGAGCAGGCUGUCCGGCUGGGCAGCAGAGCUACAUCCUCAGAGCAGUUCUGACUGUCCCUGGUGGACCUGGUCCUUGUGAGGCACAGGUGGGAGGGUGGAAAGGCAGAGCUGGACUGAGGUAUUAAAUGCUGGCGGUGGGUUUGUUUAACCUGCUCAUAAGCAGUCGCCCGGCCUGUCCAUGAAACAUGGGUCUACGGUACUAUAAAGAACAGCAGUUAAUAAUAGGAUGAGCAGUUGUGUGUCCUGCUCCUUAGAGGGACAUCACAGGGUACUGUGCAGAGGGCUGUUAGUUCAGAACACUAACGUCAGCUUUUCUAUAGCAGUUGUUUCUGAGGUAACAGGGUCAUGUCUCUUUCAGUCCAGGCCUCUUGCCUCAGUGGUUCUGAGGAUGGGAGGAAAGGAGCCUGGACGUGGUCCCUUGUAGAGGGAGACUAGUAGACUUUCACAACACACCGCCAGUCUGUGGUUACUCCUUUAUCUUUUUUGAUAAUUAGGAUAUUCUAGAGCAAUAAAAGAGACAAAGGUUACCUGUUUAUUAUAUACUUUAACUGGUAUAAUUUCUCUAAAAAAAAUAAAGCACAAUGUCAUUGGAAAAUGUUUGUUAAAAAAAUUCAUAACUCAAAAUUUGGGAAGGCCUAAGACAUGGAAGGGAAAGGUAAAGAUGUUUGGUUAUGACAUCCACAUGUUUAGAGAGUUUGUGUACAGUAAUAGGCAGGGUUUUAAGCUUGGAGACAGACUUCACAUGGCUUUCCUUUAGUUUCACAUUCAAAAGUUUGAGCAUAAGUUGGUCUUUCUCACUGUAUUUAAAGAUUGUUAAUAAGUAUUUCAGUAUCUUCAUAGCUUGAGUUUAAACAUGUCCUCAGAUCUGGGAUGGUGACAGAGUUUAAACCUCUCCCCAGAUCUGGGAUGGUGACAGAUGAUAAAACUGACAGCAUUGGCUUGAAUAGUGAUGUCCAUAGUUUUAAGCAAGACUGCUGAGUUUUGUUGUGUUAACUGUAAGUCUGUACUUGAUAGUGAUGUUGUAAAGGCUGAUGAUGACUUAGGAAAUGUCACCUUACCCUGUUUCUGAGCUCCUUUCCAGAGGGGAAGAAAUGGUCUAGCUAACUUUUGAAUGUUCUCUGGUUGAAUGUGUUUUUCCAUUAAUAAAGUUUUGAUAUUUGUUUAAAUUAUACUUCUGUGGGACUAGGGGUUAGAAUAAUCAUUGCUCUGUUUUGAUUUUGUAUUCUUUUAAAUGAAUGUUUAGUUUUCUGAGCCAGAUGGUUAUUUCAUCCUUGUGUCCUGUUCAAUCCAGUGACUAUACCGGAACUGUGAAUAAAUUACCCAAAACCUU